CUCACGUGCAGCGGCUGGUGCAGCUGUCGCUGGUUUGUCCGGCCUACACAGCUGCCGCUGGCGCCUUCUUUCAGAGCUAUGCGCACCGCCUCCUACAGCAAGGUGGUGAAUUCAAGGUGCGGCGGUUAGGCCUGGACGACAAGGCUCAGCCCACCACACUGCAGCUGCCGCCAGCACCCCACACUCACGUGUUCACUAAGCUGGAGGAGGUGAGCCAGCAGAAGGACGGCGUGUACUGCAUCCCCAGCAACCACAACCUCGGCCAGCUAAUCUUCUCCGUGCGUGCAUGGAAGCUGACUUCAGACCUAAACCCCUGCACCGUUUGUUUUCUAAUGGGCUAAAUCGGUAUGCCGGUUCUAACGAUGUAGCUGUGCGCGAUAGCUGCGGCCGCUGGUACAUAUGUCCUAUAUGUCCUACCUGUAAUGGCAUGUCUACGAGCGAGGCACAGGCGCGGGUUUGCUGUGUUGCUACCGGUAGUACUUGUAAGUGACAUCGGACUGCGCAAUGGGAUCUGCAGUAGUGUGGCCCCGGUUAUAUACAACUAAAGCUGGUCGUUUGGUACUUUGUUGCCCUACCUAACGUGUAUGCGUACGGAAGCUAUUAGUAUAUAUAGGAAAUGGAGUUACGUUAAUGCCGUGGGACGGUAGUUGCUGCGGAGAAGGAGAUUACUUGAUUAGGCGC